AUGUCAGCCAUGGUCUGGCUGCCCACUGGUAUCGCAUUCAAUGAAUACUUCUAUUCCCUCAAGUACGUAGCCGGAAGAAGUAUGCAGCCCACGCUCAAUCCCGAUGAUUCGUCAUGGCAAGAUAUCGUCCUCUUUGACCAUUUCACAGUAAACUGGCUACAAAAAUAUGAGCGUGGAGACAUAGUUGCACUAAAGUCACCGCAUGAAGGAAAGCUCAUCGUCAAACGGAUUGUCGCUUUGCCAGGAGACACUAUCAAAACGCUUCCUCCAUACCCAGAUGCCGAGGUGCACAUUCCAGAAGGGCAUGCUUGGGUUGAAGGCGAUGAGCCAUUCCGCUCCGAAGACAGCAAUUACUUUGGACCCAUUCCACUGGGGCUUGUUCAGUCCAAGCUGAGCGUCAUUGUUUGGCCACUGAAUCGUACAGGUCCUAUUUUACUGCCUGGCGAUCCGAACCGUCCCAAACCGAAAACCGGCCCAGCGUGGCGGAGAGAGCGAGACGAAGUUGACCGACAGACGCGACGACAAGCCCGAGUAACGGAAGCUUUGAACUCUCCACGACUAUAA